AUGGCUGAAUCAUCAGGUCAUGAGAGCAGCGACAGUGUCAUGAACCCACCUCCUUCGAAGAAGGUGGCACGGACAAAACGAUUUUCCGAUUCCUGGCUAACAGAACCCGAUUUUUCUUCGUGGCUGCAGAAAUGCGAUGGCAACCCGUUGAAGGCCUUCUGUACUGUCUGCCGAAAAAAAUUGCAGUGCGGGAAAGCGGAUCUGAGGAGGCACGCCACAGGUCAAUCGCACAUUACUAUGUUAAAUAAAACACAAGGCUUGACGGACAUAGACAGCGCAGCGUGGCUGGCUUCUGCAUCCCUAGGUGACCGUGUAAGAAGAGCAGAGAUCAUGUAUGUUCUCAAUAUCAUCGAACAUAGCAGAAGCUUUCGCUCGUAUGAGCACCAGAUGAGAAUGGAGCAGAGGGCUCUGGAUUCAAUCGAUGUUUUAAACAACAUGAAAUUGAAAAGUACAAAAAUAAGAGCCAUCACGAACAAUGUCAUCAAUGAAGCCAUCGUGAGCAAUGUCAGUGAAAUAUUGAGGAAUACAUUGUUUUCAAUUUUAGUAGAUGAAAGCACCGACGUGUCAGGGUACAAAAAUUUAUGCAUCCUGGCGAGAUACACAUAUGAAGGGGCAAUCCACACAUAUUUACUGGACGACCUACGAUUGAGAGAAGGAAAUGCCGAGUAUUUAUACGAUU